AUGCCUUCCGACGUAUUGCCAGGUGAGUGUGAGCCAAGGAUCGUGGGCCGUAUGGGAUCCACUUGAGCCUUACGCUGCACCUGCACCGCGUCAUCGCGCGCGCGCUCCCGUCUCUCGAACCAGCCGCGGUCGAUGCCCAAUCCCCCUUGACAGCCGACGAGGUGAGCCCGAAAGCUAUCCUCCGCAAAGCUUGAGCUUUUCCAAUCACCACUGACCCAACUCUCCACCGCCCAGCUCGACGUCCUGCGCUCGCAAUACGAAACCGAGUCGCAAAAAGGUUGGGUCUCGGUCCAGACCCGCUUCAACUACGCCUGGGGAUCCGUCAAAUCGAACGAUCGAGUUCAAGUCGGCCAAGGCGUCGCUUUGCUCAUGGGUCAGCAGAGUCGCAGUGUGACCUUACGUCCCAGCAGGGGGGGGAGGGGUGGGGAGCGUGCGCAUCACCCGAGGUGGUGCUGAUUUGAUGAGCGAGGUGCAUCGACAGAUCUGUACCGCACCGAACCUACCCGACGAAGGGAAUGCCUGUACUUUCUCGCCGUCGGGCACUACAAGUUGGGUAACUACCCCGAGGCGAAACGUUACAACGGUAAGAUCACUCUCUUUCUUCAUUCAUGCCCCGACCAACCCCCCACCAACUCUUCCCCAUCCCCUCAGGCCUUCUCCUCCAGAAAGAACCGAGCAACAUGCAAGCCCGAUCGCUCGCGUCCCUGAUCGACGCCGCCGUAUCAAAGGAAGGUUAUGUCGGAUUGGCUAUCGCCGGUGGUGCCGCUACGGUCGCGGGGCUGUUGUUGACGGCUUUGUUGAGUGGGGGAAGGAAGGGGAGGUAG